AUGUCUUGGAGCCAAUAUCCCGGGCAGGGGCACCACCAGCAGCCCCCGCCUCCACCGCCUCAGCAAUAUGGGCAGUAUCAGCAACAGCCGCAGUAUAAUCAGUAUCAGAACUUUCCACCGCCCCCUCCGCAAGGCAAUUGGGGCGCUCCUCCUCCUCCGGGCAACUAUGGUGGCUAUGCCCCGCCUCCGCCUCCACAGUACCAGCAGCAGGGCAACUAUGGGCCUCCUACAGGAGUACCCCCGCCCGCGCACUAUCAGACCGGCUCAGCAGGUGUGCAGCCGCAACAGCAGCAGCAAGGCUUCCAGCCACCGUAUGGCGGUAACCCAGUGAGACCACCGACUCAGAAUCAGUCCUAUGGACCACAAUUCCAAGGUCAAGGUGGACCGCAGCGGCCAUUCUUCCAGUACUCGCAGUGUACAGGAAGUCGAAAGGCGCUAUGCAUCGGUAUCAACUACUUUGGUACCUCUUCGGAGCUCAAGGGCUGCAUCAACGAUGCCCGAAACGUCGAGAAGUUCUUGUGCACAAGAUACAACUACCGCUCAGAGGAUAUUGUCAUGCUCACCGAUGACGCCCGGAACCCUCGUCAGAUACCUACCAAAGCAAACAUCAUCGCUGCCAUGCAGUGGCUGGUUGCCGGCGCGAAGCCGAACGACGCUCUCUUCUUUCACUACUCCGGACAUGGUGGUCAGACUGCUGAUCUGGACGGGGAUGAGGAUGACGGCUUUGACGAGGUCAUCUACCCCUUGGACUUCAAGCAGGCCGGUCAUAUCGUGGACGAUGACAUGCACAACAUAAUGGUCCGCGCCCUCCCACCUGGAUGUCGUCUGACGGCCAUCUUUGACUCUUGUCACUCCGGAACCGCGCUUGAUCUGCCCUACGUUUACUCAACGGAAGGUGUCAUCAAGGAGCCUAACCUUCUUGCGGAGGCUGGGCAAGGUCUGCUCGGUGCAGGGAUGAGCUAUCUCAGAGGAGAUAUCGGAGGAAUGAUGAAGGGCGUCAUGUCGCUCGGCAAGAACAUCAUGAACCAGAACUCUGGGGCUGCUGAGAAGACCAAGCAGAGCAAGACGAGUCCAGCGGACGCCAUCUCAUUCUCGGGGUGCAAGGACUCGCAGACGAGUGCAGACACGUCCAUGGCUGGCCAGGCUACCGGUGCCAUGUCCUACGCUUUCAUCGCUGCUCUCACUCGGUAUCCUCAACAGAGCUACGUCCAGCUGCUAAAUACGAUCCGAGACGAGCUCAAGGGGAAGUACGAGCAGAAACCCCAGUUGUCUGCUAGUCACCCGAUCGAUACCAAUUUGCUCUUCAUUUGCUAG